AUCGCCGCCAUGGAGAAACCCCCGAGCGCUUAUGUAACCAAAGAUUCAUCUGUACUAACUUGUACUCGUACUACUUUCAAGAAUGACUUGGGAAAUUCGACUUUCGAACUCUAGGGGAGUCCUCUACUUCUUCAACACGGAAACAAAAGAGUCUACUUGGGAUCUUCCUGCUGGAAUGACAGAAGAAGAGGCCAAACAGCUUCCAGGGGCUGACCUACUCUCUCGUCCCAAAGUCCCUGCUGGUCAGGUCCGCGCAAGCCAUCUUCUAGUGAAGCACAAUGGAAGUCGAAGGCCAUCGAGCUGGAAGGAGGCCAAUAUCACCCGCUCGAAGGACGAGGCUAUCGACGUUCUAACAGGCUAUCAAAGCGAAAUUGGAGGCUCUGCUGAAAAGUUUGCGCAGCUCGCGGCGGUUCACUCCGACUGCUCCUCUCACGAGAAAGGUGGCGAUUUGGGUUACUUCGGACGUGGACAGAUGCAAAAACCUUUCGAAGAGGCUGCUUACGCUUUGGAAGUCGGGCAGAUCAGCGACAUAAUCAGUACAGACAGUGGAGUCCAUCUGGUGAUGAGGACAGCUUGAUGGGUUUUCUGUAAUUUGAAUAUCGGGCCACGCCUCAAGCGGGAAGGAGAGCCAAAGAGAGAUGAAGUACUUAAAAUCACCAACUGUAGUUUUAGCACCCGAAGACGACCAAUCAAGCAGUGCCUGUUUAUUUUAUCUCGUAGAGCACGUUUACGACAACCACCCUUACUCUGAACUACUGCGAAGUUUCCUUCUGGUCCAGAACACCCGGACGGCGUACGGAGUCAACUCCCGAGUCGGACCCGCUUUCCGCAGACUCAGUC